UAAUCUUAGCCGUCCGUUAAUCCGUUCAGUUACGUCCAUAGAUGACUAACACCACCUAUAAAUAAUGGGCAAUGCGGGUCAAUUUGUCUCCGUACCAUAAUUGUUGUUAGUGAGAUUCAUCCAAGUUUUUCUCUCUCUUCUUUUCUUUCAAGAUGGCACGUACUAAGCAAACUGCUCGCAAGUCAACUGGAGGCAAGGCCCCAAGAAAACAGCUUGCCACCAAGGCUGCUCGUAAGUCGGCCCCAACCACAGGAGGUGUGAAGAAGCCUCACAGAUACCGACCUGGAACUGUUGCUCUUCGAGAAAUUCGCAAGUACCAGAAGAGUACUGAACUUCUCAUCAGGAAACUCCCAUUCCAGAGGCUUGUUCGUGAAAUUGCUCAGGACUUCAAGACUGAUUUGCGUUUCCAGAGCCAUGCAGUUUUGGCUUUACAGGAGGCGGCAGAAGCAUACCUUGUUGGAUUGUUCGAGGAUACUAAUCUUUGCGCUAUCCAUGCUAAACGUGUUACCAUUAUGCCUAAAGACAUUCAGCUUGCCAGGAGAAUCCGUGGUGAGAGGGCUUAGGAGACCACGAUUUGCUAGCUAGCUGUUGAUUGUUUGUAAUUGUGUAGUGGUGGUGUUUUGUGUUAGGAUCUUUUUCUUUUAAUUUUGGGUAUCCGUUCUUGUUCUGCUAUGUUUUAAGAUGGAUUAUGAAUAGGAAGAACUUCUAGUAGGCCAAUUAAGCUGGAAUGGCUGGGUUGGUACAGUGGAUUGUUUUUAGUUGCUUUAAAACUCAGAACAAUGUAAUGUUGUUCGUGUUGACGCUGUUGCAUUUGAUGCGAUGUCUCUGGCAUUACUAUGUUAUUAAAUGUGACUCGUGAUAAACUGAUGUAUCAACUCAAGCAAAAUGGCAGAACGUGAAUAAUUGCCACCAAUAUUAACAUUUUACAUUUAUGCA